AAAACAGCUCCAGCCCCACUCUGAACCUGGGCCUGAAACAAUGUCCUCCACGGAAAGAAACGUAAAGGACACUUGAUCACACAAUCCUUGGAAUUAUUUCCAGGAAUCACUUGCAGAAACCAUUCGAAGCACCCUUUCCCUGGCAGAGCGCACAGGGACGGCCAGGAGAUGAGCGCAUCUUUGAAUUACAAGUCUUUUUCCAAAGAGCAGCAGACCAUGGAUAACUUGGAGAAGCAACUCAUCUGUCCCAUCUGUUUAGAGAUGUUCACGAAACCCGUGGUCAUUCUCCCCUGCCAGCACAACCUGUGUAGGAAAUGUGCCAGUGACAUUUUCCAGGCCUCUAACCCGUACUUGCCCACAAGAGGAGGUAGCACUGUGGCCUCGGGGGGCCGAUUCCGUUGCCCAUCCUGCAGACACGAAGUGGUUUUGGACAGACAUGGGAUCUACGGGCUUCAGAGGAACCUGCUGGUGGAAAACAUCAUUGACAUCUACAAGCAGGAGUCCACCAGACCAGAAAAGAAGUCCGACCAGCCCCUGUGUGAGGAGCACGAAGACGAGCGCAUCAACAUCUACUGUCUGAACUGCGAAGUGCCCACCUGCUCUCUGUGCAAGGUCUUCGGGGCGCACAAGGACUGCCAGGUGGCUCCCCUCACGCACGUGUUCCAGAGGCAGAAGUCUGAGCUCAGCGACGGCAUUGCUGUCCUUGUGGGAAGCAAUGAUCGGGUCCAGGGAGUGAUCAGCCAGCUGCAGGACACCUGCAAAACGAUCGAGGAAUGCUGCAGAAAACAGAAACAGGAACUUUGUGAGAAGUUUGAUUACCUGUAUGGCAUCUUGGAGGAGAGGAAGAACGAAAUGACCCAAGUCAUCACCCGAACCCAAGAGGAGAAGCUGGAACAUGUCCGUGCUCUCAUCAAAAAGUAUUCUGACCAUUUGGAGAACGUGUCAAAGUUGGUUGAGUCAGGAAUACAGUUCAUGGAUGAGCCGGAAAUGGCAGUGUUUCUGCAGAAUGCCAAAACCCUGUUACAAAAAAUUUCUGAAGCAUCGAAGGCAUUUCAGAUGGAGAAAAUAGAACAUGGUUAUGAGAACAUGAACCACUUUGCAGUCAACCUCAGUAGAGAAGAAAAAAUAAUACGCGAAAUUGAUUUUUACAGAGAAGAUGAAGAUGAAGAAGAAGGAGAAGAAGGAGACGGAGAGGGAGAGGGAGAAGGAGGAGAGGGAGAGGGAGAAGGAGGAGAGGUAGUAGAAGUGGAAGAGGCGGAAAAUGUUCAAACAGAGUCAUCAGGAGGAGACGGAAGUCCAGAGAAAGGCCUGGAGGCCUCUCCGCCCGCCUCGGAGCUCCAGGCUGCCCCAGAGCCUCCUCCAGCCCUGCCACCCGCUGCCGAUGCCCCGGCCACACAGGGGGAGGUGGUACCCACUGGCUCUCAGCAGACCCCAGAGUCUGAAACUCCAGUCCCUGCAGCAACGGACACUGCGGAUCCCUUGUUUUACCCUAGUUGGUAUAAAGGCCAAACGCGGAAAACCACCACCAACCCACCUUCCACCCCAGGGAGCGAAGGUCUGGGGCACGUAGGGCCUUCAUGUUCUGAGGAUCCGAAUGUGCGGAAGGCAGAAGGGGCGGAAGCCGCAGCCAGUGAGAGGGCAGCAGUGAGUGGUAAGGAAACUAGCUCACCUGCAGCUACUUCUCAGACUGGAUUUGAGGACCCUCCCCUCCAGGGACAGGCUGCAGCUUCAGGGAGUGGGAAUGGAGCUGAUUCUGAGCCAGCUCGCCAUGUCUUCUCCUUUUCCUGGUUGAACUCCCUGAAUGAAUGAUGUUCAUUCCAACUGCUGCACCUCUGUCUGCCUGGCUGAGAUUCACACAGGCAGCAGGGAACCUAGAUGAAACUAAUAUUAUGCAGAUGAUGAAAGGGACCUCUGAACGGGAUUUCUACCAAAAAUACCCUUUAAUUCCAGAUGACUUAGCUAACACAUUGAGGGAAAACAAUGCUUUGAGAAAACAGUUGCAGAAAGCAUUGGGAAAAAAGGAACUUGAUCUUACGCAAAUCUUUUAUUGUGUGGGAAACAUUAUGAAGGGUUUGUAGGUGUGGUAUGUCUGUGUGUGUUUCAGUAACAAGUGGCAGGUGUUUAAAAAUGUGGGCACUACACUCACGUCUCUAAUAGGCACUGUCUUUUGUUAUGAUAUCAUAGUAGCUCUUAUUCUCUUUCCUCUUUAACAAUGCAGGUGGUCAGUGAAAUUCAGUGUUAAUUCAGAAGUGACUGAUUUAUCAAUAUAUGGACAAAAGGUAAAUCAUUGACCAAAGAUAUGAGAUGCUUCACAAAGCUUUCCUCUUUUCCACCAUAGAUGUCGCUGAAUGGAUAUCCAGAAAUGUUCUUUGACUCUGGUGACACUUUCAUAGUCCAGAAGGCUAAAGGCCAAGGACAUUUCUUGUGACAUUUUUCUAAUCUUAGUUUUAGAUAUGCAGAUAUCAGGCACUUUAACUAAAAAAGACUUUUCAACAGGAACUGGCUAUUUUCUGAUGUAUCCACUGAGGCACCAAUCUGCUGAACUGUAGAAUAACUGCAUGUAUUUAAAUAUAUAUAUAUACACACACAAUACACAUUAUACAUGUACAAAUAUAUAUAUAUGUAUUUAAAUCAUGCUUUAUUUGUUCCACCAUAAUUUUGCCUCCUUCGAAACAUAAGUUUUAACUUUACUCUGUAUGAACUCUUAAAUAAAUGCUGUUUUUAACGA